AUGUCGAAUCCGAACCAGCUGUUCCUGCUAGCCGACCACAUCAAGCUAUCGCUGCUAGAGCGCCAACGAGCAAAGAGUCUCGAUCUUGACGACGAUACGAAAGAUGGCCACCUGUCGCGGUCGCUGGACCAGUUCAAAGAUGGCCUCGCCACGUUAGAACAAGAGCAGAAGAGAUUAGAAGAGGCAGGCGACGAAGAGGGCGCUCUCACCAUCUCCGACUCGCUUCCCGGUCUACAGAAGCAGUACAAUGACCUGACAUCGCAAUUCCACGGCUUCUCCUCGCCAGCCUCCGCAUCGACCCUGACGCACCCGAAUGGCCCAUCACUGAACGACAACUUCGAACACGCAACCCACCCGCCGUCACAUGCCUCGAACCUGCGGCCCAAGAAGGGGCGCUCAGCCUCCAAGACGGUGCGCUUCUCGGACAACCCCGCCCCCAGCAACGCCAUAGCCGACCCGGACCUCGAGGCGCAGGUCUUCGGCAGCAACAGCCGGUACCGCGACAACCCCUCGGCGGCGGCGGCGGCGGGCGACGACAGCAUGGGGUACCGCGACGAGGCGGACGGCAUGUCCAACACGCAGGUUCACGACUACCACCAGCGGAUCCUGGACCAGCAGGACGAGCAGCUGGACGCGCUGGGCGACAGCAUCAGACGGCAGCGCGAGCUGAGCAUGCAGAUCGGCGACGAGCUCGACGACCACGUCGCCAUGCUGGAUGAUGUUGAUGGUACUGUCGACCGCCAGCAGGGCCGCCUCGAGGGCGCGCGCCGCCAGGUCGGCAGGAUGUCGCGCGCCGCGAGCGAGAGUAAGCAGAUGAUUGCUAUUGUCAUCCUGAUCAUCGUGCUGGUGCUUCUUAUUGCCGUGCUGAAGUAG